CAACACGAUCCAGGCGUCGUCUCUGUAUAUCUUGAGCCUGCCCCUGGCUCCAAUGCAGUGCAUUAUUGCUGCAUACUUCCACGAUGGUGGUUCUAGUUGAUCUGGAAGAGGACGCGCUUCCUGCGUAUCUUGCCCCCCAUACGUCAACUACCAACAUACCGGAUGUGAAGCCGUUGCUGCACGACUUGCUGGCCUCAACAAGGAACGAACAUGCGAAAACAGCAGAUGAGAGGCCGAACCCUAACAUCAACGGGUUCUCGGCAGCCCUCAGCUGUUAUCCUAUAGUCAGGCAGUUGGCCGGCCAGCUCGAUCUGAACACACUUCAUGAUCUGUCCCGCACGUGCCGGCAGUUCCGUGCCAAUUUGCUCGAGUACCGCGACCAGCUCAUCAAGCACACGUUGCACUGCUGCUUCGAAGAUGACGACACCGAUUCGCAGUUGCAGGCGCGGUUUCGCGAGCGACCGGGCGACUUUCAGUCGUCGCGGCAUCUGACCAGCGGGAAGAUUGGCCAUUGCGCGCGCGACAUGGUGGGCGAGUGUCAGCGCUGCGCAAAGGUCGUGUGUCGGAAUUGCACGAUGAAACCGCCGCCCACACCUGCGCUGCGCGCACGCCAUCGCAGGAUAUGUCGAACAUGUACCAAAGCUCCUCUGCCGCUGCUCAUGGCUGUGACGAAGGAGCAGACGUCAUCAUCGGGCGGGUCGCCGUCGCCGCCGUCAUCGCCGAAUUCCCACCCCGUAUUCUGGGCUGGCGAUGCGCCUCGAUCAUUCACUGCACCGGCCUUCGAACGAACACCCUGCAAUUGCAAUAAUGUCGUAUGGCUGUGCGCACCGUGUGGCAAACACCUUAAGAAAGCCGACACCAACUACGUUCUUGGCUGGAGCUGGCGCACACGUUAUAGCCACUAUCUAGGUGGUGUCGGCACAGGAGCGGGUGAGGGGGAACAAGGUGUCGAGUGCGGCCGCGGCCCCAGCUGUCUUGGUGCGAAGAUCGUCGAGCACGAAACAUGUGAGGCAGAGACACUAGAGGCUCUUGCUGCACAAGACCGAAGCCAUAAUACCCCGGAGUCGCCAGAAAGGUGGCGAGGCACAAGCUAUCUCGCCCAAGAGAUGGAGGGCAUCGGCGGCGUGCUUAAGGUGAAACAUAAGAAAUACACCAGAGUCGGUGAGUGUGUGAAAAUGUACGAAGACGAACGCGAUAAGUCCGUGCAAUGGCUGCCAAGAGAGAAUGACGGCAAGCUGAGGAGCUGGUGCUCGUGGUGUCAAAGAGUGGUACUUGGCGAGAGAGACAAGACGGACCCUGAUGGUCUUCACCGGGUGUGGAGUUCAACCAGCUCAACGUCGUCUAACGGAUCAAGAUGAUCAUUGAUUCGUAGGUACAUUCCCAAAGCCACGAAGAUUGUGUAAUGCGUAGCUAUUAGAAAUACAAUUACGAGCGCAACAUCCUUGCCGAGUGCGUCCCGCAUCCUGCCCCAACGGUCUUGGCGGUGUACAAACUUGACGAACGCAGACGCGUGGGUUUCCAUCACCGUCCCUUUCUGCGCAUCCGAGCGCCAGAAAACCGG